AUGCUUAGACUCACGCAGGCCCGGAGUUGGCAGCUGCCCAAGCAACCCAGCAGCAGCGCGCCGUCUGAUGUAUGGACAAAUUCCGACAUGGACCCGGUGCCAGUUGAAAGACGGACAUGGGGAAAGGGGGCCUUCAUUACAUAUUGGUUUUCCGAUCUUGUCACCAUAAGCACUUGGUCCACGGGCUCGGCAAUCGUGGCAGCAGGCUUGACUCCAACAGAUGCGAUCCUCAUCGUCCUGCUGGCCAGCUUGUGCAACGCCAUCCCUACAGUUCUCAACGGGGCAAUCGGUUCAAAUCUCCAUAUUGCGUUUCCCAUUGCCUCGCGAGCCAGCUUCGGCUACUGGUUUAGUUAUUUUGCAGUGGUCUCCAGAGGCGUUCUGGCCAUGUUUUGGUUCGGGGUGCAGACCGCAAACGGCGCAACAUGCGUUACAGCUAUGAUUACAUCUAUCUGGCCCAGUUUCCAAAACGUUCCGAACCAUUUACCAGCUUCGGCAGGCUUGACGACGGCCGGGAUGAUCUCGUAUUUCAUAUAUUGGCUCAUUCAAUUUCCGCUCCUACUUGUUCCCACGCACAAACUGCAAUAUGUGUUUUGGGUGAAAACCAUUGCUACACUACCUAUAGCAAUAGGAACGGUUAUAUGGGUUGCCGUCCGGGCCGGCGGCCAAGGAGAUUUCUUUCAUGCGCCAUCCCAGGUUCAUGGUUCCGAACGAGCUUGGCUUUGGCUUUCUAGCUUGACCAGCGUGACCGGAGGAUACAGCACCCUCGCCGUGAACAUUCCCGACUUUUCCCGCUUUAGCAAGGACAGCCGCGCUCAAUACUGGCAGUUGCCGGUCAUCCCAUUUUUCAAGACAAUCGUGGCUCUGUUCGGCGUCAUCUCGGCUGCGGCCGCGCAGGAGAUCUGGGGCGUCCCCUACUGGACGCCGCUCGAGAUCAUGGCCACUUGGCAGAACACCCCCGGCGGCCGCGCCGCGGCCUUCAUCUGCGCCGCCGUCUGGCUCCUCGCGCAGAUCAGCGUCAACAUCAGCGCGAACGCCGUGUCCUUCGCCAACGAUAUCACGACGCUCGCGCCCAAGUGGUUCAACAACCGCCGAGGCACCGUGUUCGUCGCCUUCCUCGGGGGCUGGGCUUUGUGCCCCUGGAUCAUCGUGGCGUCGGGCCGCGCAUUCAUGAACUUCAUGUCGGCCUACUCGAUCUUCAUGGCGCCCAUGGCCGGUAUCCUGUUUACGGAUUACUGGCUAGUCAAGCGACGACGGUACGACGUGCCUGCACUCUUCGAUCCGCAGGGGAUCUACCGUUACGGCAAAUAUGGCACCAAUUGGCGCGCAGCAACCGCGACUUUCGUCGUGAUCAUCCCUUUGCUGCCCGGUCUCGUAGCAAAGGUGGCCCCGUCUGUCAAUCUGGCCAGCGGUCUGGACAACCUCUUCAGCUUCAACUGGUUGUAUGGCUUCUUUCUUUCCAUCUUCGUAUACUACACAUUGAACUAUUUCUUUCCCCAUAAGGAGACCCUCAUUCCUUCUGUCGUCACAGGAUUUGAGACUACUCUCAUAGGGGUAGACUCUGAUUUGGAGAGCCGGGGAGUGGAAAGCGCAAAAGGCCGGGAGUCUUCUGCUGUUGUCGAAAAGGACCCUCAGAGCACCAUCUAA